AUGAGCGGACAAGCUCUCCAGGCCGAAUUAACGAGCCUCGCUCAAGAGGCCAAACGAAAGAACCCUGAAAUUCGUACUGCUGCAGAGAAGUCAUUACAAGAUCUCAAAUCUCUGCCUUCAACUUCAGAACAACAACUGGCUGCUGAUCUGAGUAGACGACCGACUUUCAUUGAUCCUUUUCUGCUUGCUUGCAACACUCAAAAUGCCAAGUACGCCGGCAGUGCUACUGUAUGUCUACAGCGCCUCGUUAUAAUUCGAGGUCUACCAAAAUCACGACUAAAAGAUGUCUUAAACGCUUUCAACGCUUGUACUUCGCUCGGUCUGGAUAUCCAACUCAAAGUCUUGCAGGCUCUCCCAGCUCUUGCCCAAAAUUAUGCAGAUGACCUGAAAGGAGAUCAUCUUGCUGCUGCCUUGCAAGUCUGUGCAGCCCUGCAAAAUGUCAAGGCCGCCACAGUAAGUGGUGUAGCUGCUGCUACUCUUCAACAACUCGUUGUGUCAGUAUUUGACAGGGUUGCCGCUGAGGACGAAGCUGGUGACAAGAUCCCAAUCGCAACUAGGAUAUCUGGUGGAGAUGGCCCGAUCCCACUGAGAGAAGCUGCUUAUGAUGCUUAUCGCGUAUUCGUGCGUUUCUCUGGACUCUCGGCAGCUUCUGGUUUAGAACUUAUGGGCUCAUGCCUCGGCAGCCACCCUAAGAUAUUCGCCUCACAUCCCGAGCAAGCAAGCAUCCUUCGAACAGUCGUCAUGCCACAUCUGAUUCGGGUCAUCUCAGAGCGUCAAGCAUUCGGCGUCACUCUCCGAGCUCUUCGAGUUGCAUCCUUCAUCAUCCGCCGUCACCUUCAGGCUAUGCCCGAUGAGUGUGAGGUGGUUUUAGGCUUGUUGACCCAUAUGAUAGACUCGGAAGCGACAGCCUCGAAACGUGCUAUGUGUAUGGAAGUUUUUCGUCUUGUCUAUACCGAGCCUGGUCUGGCUGUGCAGAUCUACCUGCAGUUUGAUGCGAAAGAUGGCAAAAAGUCGAUUGUCCGAGACAACAUUGCUUCCUUCGUCAAAAUCUCCACAGAAAAGCCCUCCGUCAUCGGGUUGGGUCAACAUUCAAGUGCUCCUACCGACCAAGCGAGAGAUACUAUCGCUGAGCAGGUUGCAAUGGAAGCUGCGGGUGGCGUCGCUGGUGUGAUUGCUCCUUCCUCACAUAUGGCAGAUGCCAAUGUCUCAGGGAUCAGUACGCGAUGGAGCGUGCCCAAGACCCAAUGCAUGGACCAGCUUGACAAAACAGAUCCUCCAGCUCUGCCGGAAACAUAUAUCUACAGUCUUGUUCUUGAGUGUCUCAAUGGCUUAUCUGAGAGCUUGGCUAAGGUAGUGCUCCCGUUGACCGUUCAGCAACAUACGAAUGAUGAAGAGCAAGAGUCGGAUGGCGAUGCUGAAGAUCAAGAACGCAACUCGAGUCCUCAAAAGACAAGAAACAGAAAAAAGAGGUCACAGUCAUACCGAUCCCGAACUGUACCACUCAAUCCGCUUUCUACGGAUGAGAGUGUACAAGCUGUUCGUAUUAGAGCCAUUGCACAGCUUGUGGAGCAGUGUUGGCCUGCCUUACUUGCAACAUAUUCGACUUUCCUGAACGCGUCUCUAGACAACGAUUACUACCGAGCACUUAUCAGGUCAUAUCAAAGAUUUGUACAGGUCUCUGGUCUUCUUAGAUUGUCUACCUCGCGAGACGCUUUCUUGACCACUCUGGGCAAAGCUGCGGUUCCUCCAAGCAUCGUAACGUCCAGCAUAUCCACCGUCUCAUCGCCGACGGCGGAGACUUCUGGAAUAUAUUCCAACAACAAAGGUUUGCUAAGUGUGGAGAGCUUUUCAACUCAGGCAUCGGCAAAUGAUAGAUCGAGACGAACAUCAUAUGAUCCAUCAUCGAAGCCCACAUUGUCCACACGCAAUCUUCUUUGCCUGAGAGCCCUUCUCAAUGUUGCUAUUGCCAUUGGUCCGACCUUGGAGUCUUCAUUCAACAUCGUCUUUGAAACGCUCCUCCAAGCUGGGGUUGUUCUUAACGCUUCUCAAGCAAAAUCGACAGCCAUUGGCCCAGAAGUUGCAGCUGUGGAAGGCGCGGUUUUUCGUCUCUUGGAGAGCACAGCGGAUUAUCCGAACGAAGCCUUCCUCCAUGUGCUCACAACUCUCUGCAGGCUGCUGGACGGGAAAACUGAGGCUGGAACACCGUCUCCCUCUCAAACAAAGCCUCCAAGUGCCGCGCGUAGGAUAUCCAGCCUGCCUGGUAUCACGACAGAUAUUGCACUCUCUACUCAAGAUUACAUGUUCGUGUUGACGAGGAUUAAUGAUCUGGCAGAGCACAAUAUCUCAAGAUUUGCAAGUUAUACGGCUUCAGAAAGUGGAUGGACAAUUCUAGUCGAUCGCCUUGUGGAUCUGAGCAUUACUACAAGCAUCCCAGAUGAUGCUCGCCGUCUUGCUACUGACAUUCUGGCCCGGUGCUCCGUUGCAGUCGCCGAGGCAAGUACAUCUGAGGAACCGGAGGAUGCAGCACUUGCUCAAAAGAUGGUUCUUUCAUCUUUACAUCUGCUUAUUCAUCAAGUUUAUGAACAAGGCGGUGAUCUUGGCAAUGUCGAUAUCGACAUACACAACAGAAUCCUUGACUCUGUCAGAGCUGUGCUUGAGAAGUCUGGAGAGGCUCUCACUGCUGGUUGGGAAACCAUUCUUGCCAUCAUAGGUAGCGUCUUUAAUACUAACGACGCUGAAGAACAACAACAACAUGACGGACAAAAUAGAAGAGAAGGCUGGCUAAGGUUAUCAAGUCAGUUUGUUGCUCCAUAUCUAGGUCGAUCAGCAUUCGGUGUGAUGCAGUUGGUUUGCUCCGACUUCCUCGCACCACUUCCGCAGACAUGUCUGAGUCCACUAGUGGAGAUUUUGUUCCGUUUUGCUUCUCAAACCUCCGACCUCAAUAUCUCUCUCACGGCUAUCACAUUGUUUUGGGAUGUGUCCGACUUCCUUGUUAAACAGCAAGUGGUCUCAAAACUCAAUGAGCUUACCAGUGGUAUCACUGAAGAGCGAUUGGUUCUGGGACAUGAACGAAUUGUGAUUAGAAGCAAAGAAUCCCGGCCUGCCCAAUGGGUGCUGCUCAUGUAUCGACUCACGGACGUCAUCGCUGAUGAGCGUUUGGAAGUCAGAAACAGUGCAUUCCAGACACUUCUCAGGAUCUUCAAGAACCACAGUGUUGACUUCUCAAACCCGGCCUGGCAGUUGGCUAUCGAAACACUCUUGUUCAAGGUUCUUCGGGAGAAUGUCGAACAGCAAAGAAUCCUUCGUUCGAGCAAGGCAUCAUCUUCAGACGUCAUCAUUGGCCUCAAUUCCACUUCGAGUGAGAUCAUCGGCGACAUCACCAGUCUACUUGUCGGACAAUUUGAACAGAUGGCCUCACUCGAUGCGUUUGAUCGAUUGUGGUCAGAUUUGAUGGAAAUCUUCGAAGCUCUUUUGUCCUUCCACUCGUCAGUCAUCAACGCACCCGUGUAUGAUGGUCUCAGCACUUUGCUAGGGGCGUUUAGGUCUGACCAUUAUAAGUCACAUCAGGCAGUGUCGCGCACAGAACUUCUGUGGUCGUCUGCUGUGCCCGACUGUUCAGCAGAUUUCAAAGGCCAGACUGCUGAACAGGACCAAUACGUUGCGUACGUGAACUGCGGAAGAAGCAUCUAUGGUCUCAAUGAGAAGAACGCCUCACAGGAUCAACUUGACAAGUUGGUUCAGAACAUGAUUGUUUGUGUCAAAUCCUCGACUGGAGCAGCUUACAGCUCUGAUGUCAACAAUCUCACUAUGCUCCAGCAGAAGGUUCUUGAGCAUCUGCAAGCGCUGCAUGGUAACAUCGACCUCGUUUCUUCGACUCUCGUCAAUGCGGCCUCACAAUUAGUGUCGUUACCGUUUACAUCACAAGAAAAGCCCAAGACAAACCUCACAUUCGUUGCCUUGUCAAAAGCAAGCAUGGACUGGCUAGUUGAGUUGAUUGCGAAAGAUUUGUCAAGGCCAGAAGUGUUCCAAUCUGGGGCUGUAGCGAAAGCUUUGGAGGAUCUGGCGACACCAAUUGGCCUCAAGUAUCGCUGGACGCAACCUGGCAAAGCACCGGCACUGUGGCAAAAGGCAAGCUCUGCAUCGUUGUCUAUCAUCAGCAAGACGCUAGCCCAAAUGGGAGAGCUCAAUAUUGAGAGCGAGAUGAAAACACGCAUCUGGACAGCUAUUGUCAACAUUGCUCAUGCCGUUAUGCAUGCAGAUAUUGAUGAAGCAUCGCCACAGCCGACAUUCGAGACUGUCGAGAAGGACGAAAUUUUCGACUGUGAGAUCAUGCGACAACUUAAAGCCAUGAUCACACCGGUCCUCGACUCAGCAGAUAUCCCCGAUGCAAUUCGGCAAACGUAUAUGUCUUCACUGUUCGAUGCAUCGCUCAUCCAUUCCGGGGAGCGCGGAGACAUCCCUCAAGGUAUCCACCGACUCGACAAUGUUCAUGCAUUACGCUUGGGUCGAGUCCGUGACCCAGAGCCAAGUUUGAGGGAGGAUAUGGCGUAUUUGUGCUUCAAGGAGCUGAUCUUCUUGGUUGGCAACCACAGCGGAGGCCAAGUCAAACUUGCGCAAGCCGCAACUUCCUGUCUGGUUCUGCGCUUCGCGCUUCCUCUAAAGGCCUACAUUGUGGACCAACCUCUUCGUGGUUCGCUGCCGCAGCCACUGUCGCAACUUGAGGAGUUGCUCUUCUGCUUGACUGAAGUCGAAAAGCUACAAGGCCUGUCAGAUAGCACGGGCAACGCAGAUGGUGCUAGCCAGGCUGGUCACCAAGCACACUUGGAGAUGCUCUUCCCUCUGGUGGUCAAGGCAGUCAAUGUAGCUGGCGACAAGCGCUAUGGCAAUAAGAAGGUCUUGGCUUUACUGGAGAGAGUUCUGAUAGCCCUCAGGUAG